AUGGUUUUGGACUGCUCUUCUGCUACUUCUCACUUGAAAACUUAUCCUAAGAAGGACGGUUUGGAUAUUCGUUCGUUGAUCGAUUCCUCUAACUUUGGUGGUUUGACUUACAAUGACUUUUUGAUUUUGCCAGGUUUGAUCAACUUUCCAUCUUCUGAAGUUAGCUUGGACUCUAAGUUGACUAAGAAGAUUACUUUGAAAUCUCCUUUCUUAUCUUCUCCUAUGGACACUGUCACGGAGGAGAAUAUGGCUAUCCACAUGGCCUUGUUGGGUGGUAUCGGUAUUAUUCACCAUAACUGCAGUGCUGAAGAACAGGCUGCUAUGGUCAAGAAGGUCAAAAAGUACGAGAAUGGCUUUAUUAGUGACCCAGUUGUCGUCUCCCCAUCUGUCACUGUUGGUGAAAUCAAGAAGAUGAAGGAGAGAAUUGGUUUUUCUUCUUUCCCUGUUACUGGUAUGUGUAUCCUAUUACUAUUGUGUUUUUUUUUUUUUUUCCUGAUGAUUCCAUUUUUAUUAAUAACUUUCGUUCUACCGAAUUACAUCAAACGAUGUUGA